AUGAGCAUUGACGAAUGUUAUGAACGCGUAAUAGCGAAAUUGACUUCUGAGAACAGAAUAAAAGAAAUUUCGUUGAAACUAUUAUCACUAUCACACAAUGAUGAUAGAGUCUUGUAUGUCUACGAUAUAUUAGGCAGUUUGGAUGUCUUUCCAGAUCUAAUAUCUGUAUCCAAGUCUGAGGAUGUUUCUAUACAUUACCGUCUCCUAGGCAACCAGUGUUAUGGAAAGAAAGAAAAUUAUACAGCAAUACAGUAUUACAAUUUGUCAUUGUUAUAUGCACCAAUGGGAUCAGAUUGUUACAGUGUAGUAUUAUCAAAUAGAUCUGCAGUGUUUUUAACAAUAAGAAAAUACAAUGAAUGUUUAAAUGAUGUAGAAGAGGUAUUGAAAUCUCAAUUUCCACCCAAUUUGAAAAACAAACUAAUUAAAAGAAAAGAAACUUGUCUCAGUAAACUUACAAAUAUAAAAUUACAGAAUGAAGACAAUCAAGACAUUAAACAAAUAUUCACACUCCAGGGUCCUAAAGACCCUAGAUAUAUUUGUGCUAGUUCCAAAUUGGAUGUGGUUUAUACUGAGACAAUGGGUCGGCAUGUAGUUGCAAAAGAAGAUAUAAAGGUGGGUGAAGUAUUAGUACAAGAGGAGCCAUAUACAGUAUUACUAUUGAAGUCGCAGUAUUUAGUCAACUGUAGUUAUUGUUUGUCUACAAGUAUGAACUUGUUGCCUUGCACGCAGUGCUGCUAUGUUUUGUACUGCAGUGAAACUUGCAGGGAUAAUGCUUGGAAACAUUAUCAUAAAAUUGAAUGCCCAUUAAUGUCUGUAUUGUUGUAUAUGGAGUUUACGAAACUUGAGUGGCUUGCACUCAGAACUGUUAUAAAAGCGAGAAAUGAUCAUAAUGAUUGGACUGAACUAUUUAAUAAAAUAGAUGAGGCUGAGAAGUGUGAUAUGGAAUAUAAAGGGCAAGUCAAAGUACAUGAUGAGUGGGUGUAUGAUUCAAAAUACUAUGAGUCAAUUCACACUUUAUCAAGUAAUAUUGAAAAGAGAUCUGUCUCAGACAUCUUUCAGAAAUCUGUCACAGCUGCUGUGUUCCUCUAUAUGUUAAUUGAGUAUACAAACUUUUUGAAUGCUGCAGAUAAAGAUGUAGAAAUUAAAGCAAGGAAAUGUGUGGCUGGUAUGCUGUUGCACCAUAUAAUGACGGUUCCUAUUAAUAUGCAUGGCAUUCAGUCUACAAAGCAAUCUGCAAAUGGCAACUAUGUGGAUGAAAUAAGCAUUGCUAGUGGUGCUUAUGCCUACCACAGUUUAUUGAAUCACUCCUGUUCUCCUAAUGUUGUUAGAACCAAUAGAAUGGGGAGCACACUCAUGACGCUGAUAGCACUGAGACCAAUAAAAAAGGGAAUGCAAAUUUUUGAUAAUUAUGGCUCCCAUCAUGCUCUUCAAAAUUACGAGGAACGGCAGAACAAUCUUAGAUUUCAAUACAAAUUUACUUGCUGUUGUGAAGCUUGUGUUAAUAAAUGGCCUUUAUAUUUUAACAUACCUAGAGGUAACUUACCAUCAAAGAUAAUUAAGCAAAUACAGGAAUUGCUGAGUUCUGAUUUCAUUGAAAAACUACAAAAGGGAGAUCUUCAUACAGCUAUGACAUUGUACAAACCUUUAUGUACCCUCGCUGAGAACCUAGAGCCAUAUGCACCCUGUACUGAAUUAUCUAACUGUCAAGAAACCUUAAAGCAAUGUUUGCAAAUAUUUACUGGUCUUAUACCAUUUGAAUUAAGCAAGAUAGUAGAAUGGGGCGCAUACCCUCCACAAAAAUGUAUGCUCAAAACUUAAAUAAGAAAACUAUUUUUAAAUACUGUUAUUGCAUAUAAGAUAUUUUUUUUAUAUUAUUUAUGUUCCUAUAGUCUUUUGGCUCUAUUUUGUUAAAAAUAUUAUAUAGACAUAUAAAUAUUAGAAUUUAUUGAAUCGAUUUACAAGUGAGUAUUAACUGUUAAUUGCAACUAUUAUUUGAGUCUCCUAUACUAUUGUUAUUUAAAUUUUGUUAUUAGCUUUUAAAUAUGAUAAAUAUUAUGUUAUCUUUAUGCUUGUGUCGAACAGAAUAUGUGAUACUUACCAUUAGUGAACUGAAAUAAAAUGUGUUUAUUAAAUUUUUGUAUCAUGUUACUGGUGGUAAGGAUAUCGGUUUAAUAUAUAUUAUAAAUACUUAAAAUAUUUAAAUAAUUGUUAUUUAUAUAUAUAAAUCUUAAUAGCUUACUUCAUAGAGCAACUACUACUACUAAAACGACUAACUAAAACGUGAUUUAAUAGAUAUACUAUCGUCUGUUAUAUUACAAAAGCCACAUUAAGGCGUUUUCUUGACCGAUUAUUGAGACGCGUAUAUGCGCUUAGUAAAAGAAUCUGUUUGAAAUAAAUCAAUCAGAAAGAUCUCGUGUAGAUUACACUUAAGAAGAAACCAGAAAGAAAAAGUAAUUGACUUUGUUAUUUUAAAUUAUAACUUUAUAAGCAUCUUCCUACUGGCGUCUUUUUUAUAUUAUACAUUCAUUCUUUUUGAUUUUAUAUAAACUGAAGAAGUACUUAGUAUUGGUAUUAUUAGUUGUAUAUAUUUCUGUAAUAACGGAUCAUGUUAUGGCAGAUAAUUUACUGAAACUGAGAAUAAUAGAGGAAAAACGGCAUUAGCAAUUUUAAUUAAUUUAACUUUAACAGAGAAUAAAUAAUAAAAUUAGUUUAAUCAUAUUUUAACUUGUUAUUGGGCAAACAUUAAGUACAAAAUCUAGUUAAACAAUGAAACAAGUCAACUAAUAUCACAGAACAAAGUAGUAAUUAGAAAGUUAUUAAAAAU